AUGGUGGUUGAGGCGAGGCAAACUUUUCAAGCCUUUGAUGAUGCUGGUUUGAGGGCGCCAGUUCGGCUUGCUUGUGGCAAAAUAGGGAAUGAUGAGAGCAACUUGGCUCAACAUGUGCAUGCCCUUGCCACAUACUGGAAGCUCUUCCGUGCGCAGUACCCCGACCACGAAAUAUUUGACAAGCUCACUGAGGAACAACUCCGACUUACCGUACCUGUAAAGGAGACUAGCCGGUGGUUGGCCUUUGUCGCUUUGAAAGAGACCUACGCGAACAACCCGGAGGCGUUGGAUGAAGCAAUGGACCUGCUUGCUGAUGAUUUUCUUGAUGCUAUGUCUCAGGGUGUGUUGCUUCAGAGUCACGCAGUUUUGCGGCUGGCUGUGGUUGCGGUGAAGGGCGACUGGCCCUUUCUGAUUGAGGCUGGGCACUCAGAAAGGCACUUUCGGCGAGCCCUGGAGUAUGUCACUUGUGCCUCGGAAAGGCCAUACGUUACAAAAUUUGGCCGUGAUGUCUUUGGCUUCAAGACCUGGCUGGACUGGCCUGAAGGAAACUGGCAAAAAGGCAGCGCGACAACACGUUUGUUGGAGUGGAUGGAGUCGUACCUUACAGAUGACCUGGUCGCUGAGUUGGCUGAGAAAGACCAGAGAGUACCCUUCAUUUCUGUGGUUGUGCGAAACAUCAAUGCGGCCCUGCGGUUGCUGUUUCGGUCAGGUGCAUGGCUAGAGCAAUUGGAUGCAGCUACUGUGGCACGGCAUGGGCUGCUAGCGCUGAGGGCCUACAAACGCUGUGCUGUGCUGUCUGUGGAAAUGAAAGAGCCGCGGCUUCCGUUUUUUAGAAAUUUGGAGCCGCAACCUUGA